AGAGAUUAGGGCUCAGCUGGUGGAACAGCAGAAAUGCUUGGAGCAACAGACAGAGAUGAGAGUUCAGCUUCUCCAGGACCUACAGGACUUCUUCCGCAAGGAAAGCAGAAAUUGAGACUGAGUAUUCUCGUAAUCUGGAAAAACUUGCCGAGAGAUUUAUGGCUAAGACCAGGAGCACAAAGGAUUCAUCAACAGUACAAGAAAGACCAGAAUUUGCUAUCCCCUGUUAAUUGCUGGUAUUUACUGCUGAACCAAGUGAGAAGAGAAAGCAAAGAUCAUGCAACGCUAAGUGAUAUCUACCUGAACAAUGUUAUAAUGCGCUUUAUGCAGAUAAGUGAGGAUUCAACUAGGAUGUUCAAAAAGAGCAAAGAAAUUGCUUUUCAGCUUCAUGAGGAUCUAAUGAAAGUACUUAAUGAGCUGUACACGGUCAUGAAAACAUACCACAUGUACCAUGCAGAAAGCAUUAGUGCUGAAUGUAAGCUAAAGGAAGCUGAAAAGCAAGAGGAGAAACAAAUUGGAAGGUCUGCUGACCAAGUCUUCAAUUUACGCCUGGAGGAGAAACACCAAAGAAGGAGCUCAGUCAAGAAAAUUGAGAAGAUGAAGGAGAAGCGUCAAGCCAAAUACUCAGAGAACAAGUUAAAGUCCAUAAAAGCUCGGAACGAAUACUUAUUAACACUAGAGGCAACAAAUGCUUCAGUUUUCAAAUAUUACAUUCAUGACCUUUCUGAUUUAAUUGAUUGCUGUGAUCUGGGAUACCAUGCAAGCUUAAACAGAGCUCUGAGAACCUAUCUCUCUGCUGAAUAUAACCUUGAGACUUCGCGACAUGAGGGUUUAGACAUAAUAGAGAAUGCAGUCGAUAACCUGGAACCCAGGAAUGAUAAGCAAAGGUUUAUGGAAAUGUAUCCCACAGCUUUCUGUCCACCAAUGAAAUUUGAGUUUCAGCCUCACCUUGGCGACGAGGUUUGCCAGGUCAGUGCUCAGCAGCCUUUACAGGGAGAACUCUUUCUCCGGUACCAACAACUUCAGUCUCGACUGGCAACACUGAAAAUUGAAAAUGAGGAGAUAAAGAAAACCACAGAAGCUACCCUUCAGACCAUACAAGACAUGGUAACUAUAGAGGACUAUGAUGUGUCAGAAUGCUUUCAGCACAGCCGCUCUACAGAGUCUGUAAAGUCCACAGUGUCUGAGACAUACUUGAGUAAGCCCAGCAUUGCCAAAAGGAGAGCUAACCAGCAAGAGACCGAGCAGUUUUACUUCAUGAAAUUCAGGGAGCUUCUAGAAGGUAGCAACCUCAUCACAAAACUACAGGCUAAACAUGAUCUGCUUCAGAGGACACUUGGAGAAGGUCAUCGAGCAGAAUACAUGACUACAAGGCCUCCAAAUGUACCCCCUAAGCCCCAGAAACAAAGGAAACCCAGACCCCGAUCUCAGUAUAUUACUAAGUUGUUUUAUGGGGAUCUGGAGACGUUCAUCCAGGAAUCUGGACAAAUCAUUCCUCUCAUUGUGGAAAGCUGCAUUCGAUUUAUUAACUUGUAUGGGCUUCAGCACCAAGGUAUAUUUCGAGUCUCUGGUUCCCAGGUUGAAGUUAAUGAUAUUAAAAAUGCAUUUGAGAGAGGUGAGGACCCUUUGACAGAUGACCAAAAUAAUCACGACAUCAACUCUGUAGCUGGCGUCCUCAAGCUGUAUUUUCGAGGCUUAGAAAAUCCACUCUUUCCUAAGGAAAGAUUUAACGAUUUGAUAUCAUGCAUCCGAGUGGAGAAUCUCUGUGAGAGGGCCAUCCACAUCAGAAAAAUCCUAUUGACAUUACCCAGGACUGUGCUGAUAGUCAUGAGAUAUCUCUUUGCAUUCCUUAACCACCUCUCUCAGUAUAGUGAUGAGAAUAUGAUGGACCCAUAUAACCUGGCCAUUUGUUUUGGCCCCACAUUAAUGCCUGUUCCUGACAUACAAGACCAAGUGUCCUGCCAGGCUCACGUGAAUGAAAUAAUUAAAACAAUCAUCAUUCAUCAUGAAAGCAUUUUCCCAGAUGCUAAAGAGCUGGAGGGUCCAGUUUAUGAGAAAUGCAUGGCUGGAGAUGACUACUGUGACAGCCCAUAUAGUGAACAUGGCACAUUAGAUGAAGUGGAUCAUGAUGGUGGCACUGAAGCCCACACAAGUGAAGAUGAGUGUGAGCCAAUUGAAGCCAUAGCAAAAUUUGAUUAUAUUGGAAGAUCUGCACGGGAACUGUCCUUUAAAAAGGGUGCAUCACUUCUUUUAUAUCACCGUGCUUCUGACGACUGGUGGGAAGGAAGACACAAUGGAAUUGACGGCCUAGUGCCCCACCAGUACAUUGUGGUACAAGACAUGGAUGAUACAUUUUCUGAUUCCUUAAGCCAAAAGGCAGAUAGUGAAGCUAGUAGUGGGCCAGUAACAGAAGACAAAUCAUCAUCCAAGGACAUCAAUUCACCAACUGACAGAUAUCCUGAUUUAUAUUCAGGAAGACCAAGACGGAGAAUCGAUCCACCUCCUCCCUCUCGGCGUUCAGGCGGGACUAGUGAUAUUCACUGUCCAGUUCACCCACCACAGCCCCUUAACAACACUUCAAUGGAAAUUGGAUCUUCCAACAUUUUGAGUCAUUGUAGCCCACGUGCCCUCCUACAGAAUCGUAACCUCAAUACUGACAGUCCAGAACGUAGACGGAAACCAGGUCAUGGAAGUCUUACCAAUAUCAGCAGACAUGAUUCCCUGAAAAAGAUAAACAGCCCUCCAAUACGAAGGUCUACAUCAUCUGGCCAGUACACCAACUUUAAUGACCACAAGCCUCUUGACCCAGAGAGUAUUGCUCAGGAUAUAGAGGAGACCAUGAACACAGCCCUGAAUGAGCUGCGUGAGCUUGAGCGACAAAGUACUGCCAAGCAUGCCCCAGAUGUGGUGCUAGAUACACUGGAGCAGAUUAAGAACUCUCCCACCUCUUCAACAUCAACAGAAUCAUUAAGUCCUCACCAUAAUGUCAUGAUGAAGAACACAGAGCCCCAAAUCCGACGUAGUACUAGCACUUCUAGUGAAACAAUGAGUACAUUUAAGCCUAUGGUGACUCCUAGAAUGGGAGUGCAACUGAAACCACCAGCUCUAAGACCAAAACCUGCUGUCCUACCAAAAACUAAUCCUGGCCUAGGAGCAGCAUCACAACCUUCACAAGGGGCAGCAGAUAAGUCUUGCACAAUGUGA